AUUCAUCUUGUUCUUCAAAGCAGCUAAAACGCCAGCUAAAUCCCCGAAUUGCCAAUAGAAGCAUUUUCCGGUUCACUGGUUUUAAUCAAUUGGCAUCAAAUUCUGUUCUUUUUUCUGUUAAAUUUCUUCACUGAUUACGGCUUUGACAAAGAUCGUUUCUUUUUGAAUGGAGAAUUUUCUCUCAUUUUCUUGGCGUUUUCUGUAUAAAUUCAAAGUUCAAAUUUUAUUGCUUUUGCAUGCCAAUGAUGUUUUGGGCAUUCUUCAUGUUAAAAGUAGCCUGAAUUAUCGAUGAGAACUCCAUUUCUGAGAGAUGCAAACGCUUGAAUUCGGUUAAUCCGGUUGCUCGAUCAAGUCGGUUCUUCAGUGUUCGUUCGGUUAAUUCAUUGCUCGGUUAAAGUUGAUCGAAAAAUUUUCUCGGUUAUUGAUGAUAACUCCAUUUCUGAGAGAGCCGAAUGUUUGAAUUCGGUUCAUUCGGUUCGUUCGGUUCUUCGGUGCUUGGUCGGUUAAAGCUAUCGGAAAUCGGUUAACCGAUUUAUGUUACUUCCGCCGGUGCCCCGCCCCACUUUAUUUGGCUCUUGUGGGCCCGACCCAACUCCAUUGGUGUUAUCCAAGAUGUCCUACGAAAUGGAAGACACAGAUGAUGAAUCCACUGAGCCCACAACUCAAUAUGAAGGUAAUGCAAAUAAAGCAACCAGUCGACCUGUUAGCUGUGGAAGCAAGAGAAAGUCAACUAAGCCAAGGUCAGAAACAAGGGGUCACUCCACCAAAUUCGUGAAUGAGGAAGGUGAGCCAUGCAAUCAUUGUGAUAGUGAGUUUCAUGCUGAUCAUAAAAGAGUUUGUAGAAAGAUUUCUCAUACUGAUGACGAAGCAGAUUCUGAUUUAGAAGGCAGUUGGAAAUUUGAUCAAGAGGCCAUUCAGAGGUCUUUGGCUGAAAUGAUCAUUUUAGAUGAGUUGCCCUUUAAGUUUGUGGAAAGAACAGAAUAUAGGAAAUGGAUGUCACUUGUAUGUCCUAGGUUUGAAGUUCCAUCACAAUGCACUAUUGCUAGGGAUUGUUAUCAACUCUAUAUAGAAGAAAAGAUUAGCUUGAAGAAAUUUUUGCAGUCUUCUUCACAUAAGGUUUCCCUUACUGUAGAAACUUGGACUUCAUUGCAACAAGAGGACUAUAUGUCCCUCACAGCGCACUUUAUAGACAAUGAUUGGAAAUUAAACAAAAAAAUGUUGAACUUUUUUCGGGUUUCUAGUUACAGAGGUGAUGCUAAUGGUAAGGCAAUUUUGAUGUGUUUGCGUGACUGGGGAAUUGAUAAGGUGUUCACUAUCACAGUUGACAAUGCUAGUACAAAUGAUGAUGCAAUAUCAUUCUUGAAGAACAGAUUCAACCUAUUUGGAAUGGGUAUUCUACAAGGCAAAUAUCUUCAUUUGAAAUGUAUUUCACACAUUAUCAAUUUAAUUGUUAGUGAUGUGUUAAACGAAUUUAAUGCUUUAGUUGCUCGUGUUAGGGGGGCAGUAAUAUAUGUGAGACAAUCAUCAUCUAGCUUGCAACAAUUUAAAGAGUGUGUUGAGAUAGAAGAGAUUCAAUCCAAGGGUUUCUUGUGCUUAGAUGUUAGCAACAAGUGGAAUUCCACUUACUUGAUGUUGGAUGUAGCUCAAAAAUUUGAAAGGGCUUUUGAGAGGUUUGAAGAUGAGGAUCCUUUUUUUAAAGAUGAGCUUUUGUUGGGAGAUGGGGUGCCUGAUAGUAAUGAUUGGGUAAAUGUUAGGAGGGUAGUCCUUUUCUUGCAACCUUUCUAUGAACUCACUUUUAAAGUUGCGGGUUCAUUGUGUGUCACUUCUAACAUUUUUUUGGGGGAAAUUUGUGAAGUUUAUCGUCUUUUGCGAGAUUGGCAGUUAAGUAGUGAUGCUGAAUUCAGUACAAUGGCCAAAAGAAUGAAGGAAAAGUAUGAUAAGUAUUGGGGGAAUAUAGGAAAAAUGAAUGUGUUGCUUUAUGUUGCGGUUGUUCUUGACCCUCGGAAUAAACUUGACUUUGUGGAAUUUUGUUUUAAAGAAAUGUAUGCAGAAGAGGAAGCUGAAGUGAUGACCAAAGAAGUCAAGGAAGCAGUCUUUGAGUUAUUUAAUGAUUAUAAGAGAAUGAUGGAACUCUCACAAUCUAAGCAAGUGAGUGAUAGAAGCCAAAUGAGCCAAAAAACACAAGCCACUGGUGACACUAACCUACUUCAGAAAAAGAAAAGGGGUUUGAGCUCAGAUUUCAACAAGUAUAGGGAAAGUAGAUGCACGGAACAAAAAACGGAGCUGGAUAAGUAUUUGAGUCAAGAGCUUGUUGAUGAUAAUGAUGAUGAUGAAUUCAAUAUUUUGGAUUGGUGGAAAUCAAAUAGUCGUAAAUUUCCAGUCCUUUCUCAUUUGGCUCGUGAUGUUUUGGCAAUUCCUAUAUCCACAGCCACUUCGAAAUCCGCUUUUAACACUGGUCGAUGUGAGCUUGAUGCAUAUAGGAGUUCUUUAACUCCUAAGGUGGUGCAAUCCCUUGUUUGUGCUCACGAUUGGCUACAAGGACCAUCACAUCUAAAUCCAAGUGACUUUGAGGAAGAAAUGGAGGAGAUUGACAAACUUGACUUGGAAUUUUCAAAAAUUGAAUUGGAGUCGGCAUCGGACUAGGGGAAAGGUGUUUUCAUCAUUUUCGAGCUUAGCGAUGAAGAUGUUUCACUAAGAUGUUCCGGUUUACUUUCUUCGGAAGUUCUUUCCUUGUCGGAACUUUUUAAUAUUCUUAGUUAUCGGAAAUCGGAACUAUUUUAAUAUUUCCUUGCUUAUUGUUGUUGGAAUAUUUUAAUGCGUUUUCAUUUAUGUUUGUAAGAAUAUUUUAAUGUUCUUAACCAUGUUUG